AUGGUGAAUAAACAUUCCUCUACACCUGGGUCGGCCCAACCACCGAAUUUGGACGUUAUACAAGAGUCCUUUGAGGACAUAGGGUCACAAGUCAGUAGAAAUUCAUCUUUAAAAAUUAACACUACAACUGGAUCACAUUCUCUUCCUCAUACAAACGAAUGUGUAGCCAUGUCAUCGCGCGAUUUAUCGACAGGUCGACUACGAUCGACAUCAAUGGAGAAUACUUAUUGCCGUGAGAAGCUGUCAUUGCCCAUUGGACCAAGUCGUCCCAUAAAUUCUUCUAAUUGUGUUAGAAGACCAUUAACAUCUUCACAAAGAUAUCGGAGCAAACUUCAUAAACAGAAAAAGCUUGAUGAUAUAGAAAAGGAGGUUGCAAGAUCUCCUUCAGAAUUGUUAAGCACCUUAGACUCUCUAUCGGAUGAUGAAUUACCGGACGAUUUAAUCGUUUUUGACGUCCCAUUUUCGAAGCCUUUACAAUCACUGUGCGAUCAUCGUGCUUCCUACCAAACAUCCCGCCUGGCACAAUUUAGGGUAGUUCCGAAGAAGAGACCAAUUUUUCCUGCAAAUCAGCUGCAAAAGACUGCUCACUCUCAAAAUGUUAAGUUUGGUUUGAGCCGCAAGAAAGUAAUUCCUCCUCAAACUCCGAAGACCGCAAUUGUCCAUUCUGUGAAUCCACAAGAGCCACAUUUUUCUCGCUUACCACCUGCAGGUAUACUUCAACGCCCGUAUUCUAAUAUCAGUACGGGGAGUAAUUACUCGACUGGAUCGGUAAGAAGCUCUCCUGCAACUAGAGCAUCAUCAAUCUUUUCGGUCGUCUCAGACAUGUCGGAGUUAAGCCUAAUGGAUGACGAAGAAUCGAGCUCGAUGUCUUUUGAGGGUAAACUAUUAAAUAGAAACAAGGAUCCUCACCUUGAUGAGUCCUUACAAAGAAUAUCAAUGCUUAAAAGCUUGUCACGUUUAUCAUUGAGUGAUUCAUCUUUGGAAUCCGUUUCAGAUAAAAACAACAAGAAAGUGCACCCAAGCAAAGAAAAGUAUGAUUGCCUAUCUGUCACGAGGCAGCUCAAUCUGCCACCUAAAGACCAUGCCGAAUUGGCCAAACAUCAACAGGAUUAUGAGAAUCUCAUGCAAACACAAAUUAACAAAGAAAAAGAGAAGAUGAAAAAGUAUUACGAGAAGCAGGAAACAUUGAAGCACAGAAAUGACUAUGAUUAUAAGAUAUGGAAGAUGAUAUGCGAGAAGUACGAUUUUCUUAUAUGCCUUCCAUCGACCAGGGAGCUCUGGUGGAGGGGCAUACCUCGGAAGCAAGGUUUGCGUGCCAGCAUUUGGAGACGUCAACUUGUAGGAAAAAAGAUCAAAAUUGAUCUCACCAAGUUCUUGAAGGAAGCGCAUAUAAUUAUAGAUAAGGCAUGCGACUACAAAACCACUACUAGCCAGUUGGGACAGAAGAAAUUUGAAAAGGAAAAUGCCGAUAGAAUGCAUGAAAUACGGCAUGUUGAGGAUUAUUCAAAGCAAAUUCAAAAAUGCUUUCCUGAUAUGAUAAUGUUUCAACUUGGAAGUACGUUUGAGUCAGUACUAUCUAUUGCAAUUGCGUUCGACAUUGCCAAAACCAAAGAAAUUUAUCGGUUGCAGCUUUCGGUAAUUGAGACGAACCGUAUACUGCGACUCAUAUGCCUGCUCUUGAAAAACUUGGAGUCCGAAGAGUUGGCAUUUCAUUCUUUGAUUGACAUUCUUUUGAAGAAGUUGCCACAUACACUUUUGACAAUGGCGGAUAUUCCAAAGAGUUUGAAAAUGGAACUUGAAGAGGAGAGCAAUAUUAGAUCUGAAGAGAUGACGUACUUGAAAGAUAUUAAGGACCAGUUUGAUAGAUUUCUUUUGACUACAUCUCCAAACAUCUACAAUCAUUUUGUACAGCAUGACAUGAAUACACUCAUUAUUUUGCAAAGCACCAUAGCCACUAUGUUUACUAAUUUAUUGAACAUGGAAGUGCUUGAGCGUAUAUUUGAUAUUUAUAUUUUUGAGGGCGAUUCAUUUUUGUUACGUUGCUUGCUUGCAUUGAUAAAGAAGAUAUCUUAUAAACUUUUUGGAUCUGCCGAAGAGACUUUUCAUUAUUUAGGAGAUUCAUCCCUUGACGAUUUAAAUAGCAUUGACGGAAAGAAUAUCUUGACAGGUUAUGAAUAUUUGGAUGUUGGAGAAGCGGAAGAUUUUAUUAGAGAUGUGAGAAAAAUUCUAAGGAAAAACAUAUAG